AUGCCCGAAGCGAAGACGAUUUCCUUUGAACGAUUCUCCUCGGCCGAUGCCGACCUGACGUUUUGCGCGUCAGACAACGUGCUCUUCAAGGUCCACCGCAAGAACCUGGAGGUGCACUCGGAGGUGUUCGGCGACAUGUUCGAGGCCGCGACGAAGAAGAGCGAGGAGACGAUCGGCUUAUCGGAGCCAUCGGCCGUGCUGGAGGUGUUGUUCCAGUACAUGUACCGCCAGCCGCAGCCCAGCCUCGACGCGCUGCCGUUCUCGGUCUGUGCCGGCGUUGCAGAGGCGGCUGAGAAAUACCUCGUUUACUCUGCGAUGACGGCGCUGCAUGCUCAUAUGCGUGCGAAUAUCACGCGCCAUCCGUUGGUCGUGCUGAAUUUUGCUGUACCACACGACUUCGCUACUCUUGCAAACGACGCUGCGCGGCACUGCUUGCAGUUUCCGCUGGAAAAGGCCGUUGGAAUCUUGCGACCGGACGUGUUUGCGCGAUGGGCCGUGUUUUACGACAAGUGGCACAGGGAAGCUAGCCGCGUCCUGACGAUUCCGAAUGUCCGCAAAUGGCCCAAAUAUGGGGAGCUUGAAAACUUCCUACGGCGGAACCCGCACAGGUGCUUCACUGAGGUCGACAAGUGGAACCUGCUACGCGAUGAAACUGACCAGCUCCACGAAAUGCAGUUUGUUAACGAUGUGUUCAUGUAA